ACAAGAAGGAGGAGGCCAUGACAUGAUAGAGUGGGUGAGCGAGAGACUGAAACAGAGUUCAGACAAUUGGAUGAGGAAGUAGAGAUGGUGAGCGCAUGGGUGUGGUUGGUUAGCAGUUAGCCCAUCAGCCUUUCAGGAGUGACAGACACAGGAAAGCAGCGUGGAUGAUGAGGCCAACGAUGAACCUCUGGACCCGGGGAGCUCUCAGGAUGGAUACUAAGAUCUAUUUUUCCUCAUUGACCUUCAUCCUCUUUGUCAUGUUAAAAGUGGCAAGAGCUCAGUCUCCCACAACGGCGGAUCAAAUGCAGUCUGUGAGCAACAAUAUGGCAAACGGAACAACAAUGCCCACUGCUCAUACUCCCACUGGAAGAGGAGUGCAGAGCAGAUUCACCAGAGAUGCUGACUCCUCCCAGGAAACUUCCGCCACUAAACGCACCACAAGCCAGCAAACUAGCAAACCAGUCAACGCCACUACAAUACAAAUGAACAGUACACUAGCUCCCAAUAAUGGCACAACUAAGCCACAAACCAAGCCAACAGCGACAUCUUCCCCAUCCACAACUGAGAAAGCCACCAAAGCCACGAACCAUCAAGUUGACCCGGAUACAGAUUUCACCUAUGAUUACAAGUCCCUGCGCUAUGCUGGACUGACCAUCGCAGCAGUUCUUUUCAUUGUGGGCAUCAUGGUCAUUGGCUGUGGCAGGAUCUGUCGGCUGCCCAACUGUCACAAGAAGUCAUCUAAAUCUUACCGAGUGGUCCAAGGCUAAAGAGAGAGACACCGUGUGUACAAAUAAUACAAGUGCUAAGAAACACUCAACCUGAAUGUGUGUGUGAACGCGGACUGAGUGACUGUACGCUGCUUGGUAACAACAUUGAAAAACACCCAAUAAACAAAUAGAAAAUGCAAUCCAUACUGACUUAA